AUGGUGCGAUGGUGCGCCAGAGCCGGAGUGAUAUGUCAAAGAGCUGCUGGUGUGGCAGGCGAAGUAAUUUGCGAGAAAAGGUACGGGGUACGCAGGAUGUGUUCUUACUAUGACAUUGGUUUGAACCUGACAGACCCCAUGUACCGCGGGGUGUACAAUGGGAAACAGUACCACGAGUCCGAUGUGAAGGAGGUGUUGGCUCGAGCGAGCGAGCGUGGGGUCAAGUGUGCGUUGUUGACAGGCUCGUCUCUCGUAGAGUCGCGGGAUGCGGUGGAGCUGGCUCACAGCGACGAGCUGAGCGGAAGUGGCACUCAAUUGAAGUAUACCGUUGGGGUUCAUCCGUGCUGCGUGAACGAAUUUGCCAACCAGGACGCCACUAUCGAUAAUCCGUCUCAUGACGAAGCAUUGAACCAGGCGUUAGGGCGGAAAGUGUGGGAGAAUCCACAGCAGAGCCAUUUGAAACUGAGGGAAUUGUAUGAUCUGAUAGAGGAGCGACUUGCGUCAAAGGAUGCGAGGUUCGGCGCUGUCGGUGAAAUCGGCCUCGACUAUGACAGAUUUUACUACUCCGGGAAGGAGAUGCAGAGGAUCUUUUUCGAAGAGCAGCUGAAAUUGAGCUGUCUUAUCAGUAAUCCGAAGAUGCCGCUCUUCCUGCACAUGAGGAACUGUUGCGAUGAUUUUGUCGCGAUAAUGAAGAAGUUCAUUGAUGGAUUCCAGGAUGAGGAGGACAGAUUUGGGCUAGCCUCGAUAGCAGGCGUGGAGAGACCUGUGUUCUACAAGUUUGACCCGGAAAGGAUGUUUGUCACCCAUUCAUUCACUGGCUCUGUGGGUGAUCUUGAGAAGAUACUGGCGCUGUCGCCGCAUAGCUACAUCGGCAUGAACGGUUGUUCGCUCAAAUCUGAAGAAAACAUCGAUUGUGCAGAAGCAGUGCCCAUCGAAAGGCUAUUGUUGGAGACUGACGCACCGUGGUGUGAUAUUAGAAGAACACAUAGUUCAUUUCGGUUCUUGACCGGGUACGAACCUCCCUAUAGGUCGGUAAAGAGAGAUAAGCUCUCAAAAGUGUCCCAAGAUGAUAGAUUGAAAACUAUGGUCAAGGGCAGAAAUGAACCCUGCACAAUGGAGCAAGUGGCUAUAGUAGUUGCAAACGUCAAGAAUAUACCUUUAAAACAUUUAGUGGAAACCGUUUGGGAUAACAGCUGUCGGGUAUACGGUGGUGUAAGCACCUCUGGCUGA